AAAUAAAAAAAAUUGUACCAUUUUGAUUGUAACAAAACUACAUUCAUUGAAUGACGUCUUUUUGUCCAUUUGAUCUUCAAUAGCAGAUCAAACAUUGUAAUUAGCUCAUUAGUAGAAUUUCUCUAUUCGAUCAAUCAUUGAUAUAGAAGAUAAGUAUUUUUCUAUUUAAAUUAUAUAAAUUCAAACGAAAAUUGUACGCAUUUAACAGUAAUUAAAAUGUUGUUGCAGAUUAUUAUUACUCUUCUAGUUAUUGAAUCAUACGGAAAUGCGUAUAGGAUUCAACCGUUGUUUCCCGAUCAUCGAAUUGUAGGUGGGCAAAGGGUUGAUAUUCACUCACAUCCUCAUCAAUUGUCUUUGCAAACAUUACGUCACAUCUGCGGUGCUUCUAUUAUAAGUGAAAAUUGGGCCAUAACGGCAGGACAUUGUGUUGGCGGCAGUCCACUUCUCUAUAAAUUACGAGCUGGUAAUAGUAACAAUCGCAAUGGAAUUAUUUACAACGUGUCAAACAUCAUUCGACAUCCACUUUUCAAUAGAUUUCAAAUUGAUUACGACGUUGCUGUUAUAGAGCUUGCAGGAAACUUUGAAUUUGGCCCCACCGUGCAACCUAUCAAACUAGCAGACAAACAACUUUUAUCUGGACAAAUUGUAAACAUAACCGGUUGGGGAAAUACCGAAAUUGGACCUAACGACGGAUAUCUUCGCCAAGUUUCAGUGCCAAUAGUAGAACACAAAUUAUGCGAAAAAGCAUAUAAAGAUAUUAAUCCAAUAACACCAAGAAUGAUUUGUGCUGGUUUAUUAGCAGAGGGAGGAAAAGAUUCAUGUCAGGGUGAUUCUGGUGGUCCACUUACAGCUGACGGAUCUCUUUAUGGACUCGUAUCGUGGGGUCUAGGUUGUGCCCAACCACGAUUUCCAGGUGUCUAUACAAAUGUUGCUGAACUACGUUCUUGGAUUAAGAAUAUUACUGGAAUAUUCAAAAGACCUUUACCAGCUGCUAACUGGCAAGGUGUUAAAAAAGCAACAACCCAUCAAAACUUCUGUCCUCAGCUAUUCCUAAAUAUAAUCAUAGGCAGUGAAGACUGUUUAUAUUUAAACGUUUAUAGUCCAUUGAGAACAAAAAAUAAUACACUACUACCAGUGAUGGUUUGGAUUCACGGUGGAGGUUUUUUUAGCGGAACUGGAAGCCUAUUUGGUGCAAAUAACUUCUUGGACAAGGACAUAAUUUUAGUAACAUUCAAUUAUAGAUUAGGAAUUUUGGGUUUUUUUACGACAGGCGAUUUGUCAGCACCAGGUAACUUUGGUCUAAAAGAUCAAGUUCUAGCAUUAAAAUGGGUUAAAAGGAACAUCAAAGCUUUCGGUGGAGAUCCAAAUAGAGUAACAAUAUUUGGAGAAAGUGCAGGUGGCGCAAGUGUCAGUCUUCAUGCUCUCUCAGAAGCAAGCAAUGGACUUUUCCAACAAUACAUUAUUCAAAGUGGCAGCUCUCUAAGUCCUUGGUGCCUUCAAAGUAGUAGUAAAUUUAGAGAACCUGUUAUGAAAAUUGCAAAAAUGGUCCAAUGUUCUUUCAAUAAUUCAAAAACAUUCGUUAAUUGCUUAAGAAGUAAAAGUGUGGAAACUUUAUUACAUACAAAUGGGGCAUUUGAUUCAAAACUAGAUUUUCAUCCUGUAAAAUGGUUACCAGUCGAAGAGCCUAAAAAUAAAGACGCCUUUUUAAUAGAUUCUCCAAAAAACUUAAUAGCUAACAAUAAAAUGAAAGAUCUUCCAUUCAUUAGUGGUAUAGUUGCUGAUGAAGGAUUAUUAUUUACUGAUGACAUAAGGAAUAUUCUCUCAUACACUGCUGAUCAUUUUCUCGAUUUAAAAAACACCAAUAAAUUCGUGGACGAUGUGAAGAAAUUUUAUUUUAAUAAUUCUUUUACAAUACCAGAAAAGUCAGAGUUUCUAAAAAGUCUCACCGACACUUUUAGUGACGCUGCAUUUCUAUAUCCAGAAUUAAGAUUGGUGCAAAAAACAACACCCAGAAUGCGAAAUUCUAAUUAUUUGUAUUCCUUUGGUUUAGCAAAUUCUUCACCAAAUACUGGAGUUGGUCAUGGUGGAGAAUUACCAUUUUUAUUUCCAUUAUUAGUCAAUGUUAAUUUAAAUGUAAGUCAAAUUUUGGUGGAUUUGUGGACUUCAUUUGCUAUUAAUGGAAAGCCAACAUCUUCUAAGUUAACUCCACCUGAUCUGUGGAAACCAUAUGACGUACAGAAGAAUACUCAUCUUCAAAUUGGAAAUAUUGAUAACAACACAGAUCCGAAAAUUACACUUUCGAAUUCAUUCUAUACAAAGAGGAUGAAUUUCUGGAAAACUAUUUGUUCAGACAAUUUCGUUAUGUACUUUCAUUCUCUUUUAACAAUAGUUCUACUAAAAUGCACUUUUGCACAAAGUCCCUUAUUUUUUGGCGACGAAGAUUUUUUUCUAAAUGAUGAUGAUGAUGAUGUUAUUUUAAGUGACGAUAGUAGAACAGAGGGUGAUGAAUAUGAUUACACGAGGGCAGUGGAUGAUGAUAGAAUUGUUGGAGGUCACAUUACGUUCAUACAAGAGCAUCCACAUCAAGUAUCUCUGAGAUAUAAAGGACGACAUAUAUGUGGAGGAUCAAUAAUUAGUGAAGAAUGGAUAGUAACCGCAGCCCACUGUGUCUCAAGAGCUUUUGCGGCGGACGUUUCGGUGAAAGUUGGCUCCUCAACAAUAAAAGGAAUAGGUGAUGUCGUACAAGUUAGUGAAAUAAUUGUUCACGAAAAUUAUGGGUCAAGUGAUUAUGAUGUUGCUGUAAUGAAGUUGGAAGAACCGCUGCAUUUUAGAGAAGGAGUUGGAUCUAUUGCGUUACCAUCGAAUUCAGAGAAUUAUUACAGUGGUACCAAGGCCACGGUUACUGGUUGGGGUACCCUAAGUAGUUCGGGAUCCUUAAGUAAUCAUUUAAGAGAAGUUGUCGUACCUUUAGUGCCGAGUUCAAAAUGCGCUCAACUUUACGGUAGAGAAACAAUUACACGUCGAAUGAUAUGCGCUGGUUAUAUUUCCAGUGGGGGGAAAGAUGCUUGUCAGGGUGACAGCGGAGGUCCAUUGGUACAAGAUGAAAAACUUAUCGGAAUUGUCUCAUGGGGUUAUGGUUGUGCGAGGCCAAAGUAUCCUGGAGUUUACACACGUGUCACUGCCGUUAGAUCGUGGAUCAGUGAUAAGACUGAUCUAUAAUGUUUUUUCUGUUAAUUCCUAAU